AUGAGAUGCCCCUGGCUGCUGCUCCUCUUGGCCGCAACUCUCGCCCUGAGCCACGCAGAGGAGGGAAUCAACAUCCCCGAGUACGACGGCGAGGACCGGGUCAUCCACCUCUCCCCCAAGAACUACAAGCAGGUCCUGAAGAAGUAUGACAUCCUCUGCCUGUACUAUCACGAGCCCGUUGGCGACGACAAGAUCUCCAUCAAGCAGUUUGAAUGGGACGAGCUCACGCUGGAGCUGGCAGCACAGGUCCUGGAAGAUAAGAACGUUGGGUUUGGCCUGGUUAAUGCAGAGGAGGACGAGGCCAUCGCCAAGAAACUCGGCCUGGAUGAAGAAGGCAGUAUUUACGUCUUCAAAGAAGAUGAGGUGAUCGAAUACGAUGGCGAGCUGGCAGCUGACACCAUAGUGGAGUUUCUCUUGGAUGUUAUGGAAGACCCAGUGGAGAUGAUCGAUGAUGAGAACGAGCUGGAAGCCUUUGAGGAAAAUGAAGAUGAAAUCAAACUGGUUGGGUACUUCAAGAACGAGGAUUCAGAACAUUUCAAAGCGUUUGAAGAUGCAGCAGAGGAAUUUCAACCCUACAUUGCAUUCUACGCCACAUUCAGCAAACGGGUGGCAAAUAACCUGGACCUUAAAAUGAACCAAGUUGACUUCUAUGAGCCAUUUAUGGAUGAGCCGGAUAAUCCCGGAAAACCCUACACAGAGAAAGAAAUUGUCGAUUACGUCAAUGAACAUAAAAGGCCGACUCUGCGGAAGCUGAAGGCGGAUAGUAUGUACGAGACCUGGGAGGACGACCUCAAUGGAAUUCAUAUUGUGGCCUUUGCAGAGGAGGAUGACACAGACGGUUAUGAAUUCCUGGAGAUUUUGAAGGACGUGGCGGAGGACAACACGGACAAUCCCGACCUCAGUAUCAUCUGGAUCGAUCCCGAGGACUUUCCUCUGCUAAACCCAUACUGGGAGAAAACAUUCGACAUCGAUCUGUCCCCAGCCCCAGAUCGGGUCGUCAAUGUCACCGACGCGGACAGCGUGUGGUUCGACAUGGACGAGGACGACCUGCCCAGCAGCGAUGAACUUGAGGACUGGAUUGAGGACGUUCUGUCGGGUGAGAUCAACACCGAGGAUGACGACGACGACGAUAACGAUGACGAUGACGACGAUGAAGUUGAUGACGAUGAUGAUGACGACGAUGAUUAAUCUGCCGUCCA